AUGGGGCAUUCGCAUAGGCCGACGCUGAAGCAGGCGAACAAGCCGUUCAAGUCGGGGCACGCCACCAAGGGCGCGCAGAAGCGCGCGUCAAAAGGAAAGACGGAGGGCACGGCCCGCGGCCACAAGUCGAACCCGCUAAAGACGUCGGGCAGCACGCAGGGCUCGCGGAGCAACCGCCGCAACGAGGCGAAGCAGAUCUCGCAGCAGAAGCGCGCGGCGAUCCUCGAGAGCACGCGCAUCUUUAGCAGCAGCGGCCUGCGUGGCGAGCAGCGCAGUUCGGGACGUGGCCCCGCCAAGGCGGGCGCGCCGCGCAUCUGCGCCAUUGUCACCCUCACGCCGGACGGCGAUCCAUGGAGCGUCGUGCGCGAGCUGGAGAAGGACGGCGAGUCGCUUGGUAUCAAGCCGGUGCCAGGGCGCAGCGUCGAAGAGGCGCAGGCGAUGCACCGUCCCUUUUGCGAGCUGGACGCGACGCGCUUCCGCCAAUCGCUCCAGUUCCUCCCGCUGCCGUACGGCGCGCUGCUGCCGACGAUGGACGCGUGCCGCUGCGCGGACUUUGUCGUGCUGGUCCUCUCGGCAAACACAUCGAUCGAACCGGGGUCGUGGGGCGAGCUGUGCCUGCGCACGCUCCAGAGCCAGGGCAUGCCGCUCGCGAUUGCCACGGUGCCUACGCUGAGCACGGCCGACGACGAGCCGUGGGCCAAGGCCAAGAAGCAGACGCAGUCUAAGGAUGCGCAGGGCGUGCGCAAGAGUCUCCUCAGCUUUGUGCAGUACUUUUGCCCAGAGGUGAAAAAGGUCCAGGUGAUGGACGACGCGGCGAGCCGCAGCGUGCUGGUGCGCACGCUCGCGACCACCGCGCCGAAACGCGUCGCAUGGCGCGACUUUCGCUCGUGGUGCGUCGGCGAAGAGGCCGAGUACGUCCCCGAAGAUGAGGAAAAGGGGCUGCUCAAGGUCCAGGGCUGGAUCCGCGGCGCGCCGCUCAGUGCGAACCGACUCGUGCACAUCCCCGACUUUGGCGACUAUGCGGUAGAUCGCAUCACGUAUGCGCCCGCGAAUGCGAAGCGCGUCGUGACGCAGGACGUGCAGAUGGAUGACGGUGCGACACCGAAAGAGCUCAUGCCGGGCGACGUGCUCGAAGAGCGGGGCGAUGAGGCCGACGAGCUCGUCUCGCAGAACGAGCCGGACUAUAUGGCGAACGAGCAGACGUGGCCGACCGAGGAGGAGAUGGCCGAUGCGCCGGUGAAUCAAGAGGCGAUGGAUGACGUCCCCGAGCUGCCACCCUCCGCGCCCGGCACGACGCCGCGUGAGAUUCUCAAGCAAAAGACCGAGGAGAAUGCACGCAAGCGCUACCAGGCCGCGUGGAUUGUCGAGGAUGAGGACGACGACGACGACGAGGAUGAAGACGACGACGACGCGAACGAAGAUGAAGACGACGAGAUGGACGACGACGAGGACGAGGAUCUCGACCAUGCGUCCCUCGAGAACGCGGCCGAGGAGGAAGAGGGAGAAGAAGAAGAUUUUGACGACGAGUUUGACGAGGCUGCGCUCGAGGCCUACCGCGCGCAGCAGCGCAAAGAGCGUGAAGUCAGCAAGGAGGAGCAGCAGUUUGCGCAGUUCCCCGACGAGGUCGAUACCCCGAUGGAGGUCCCUGCGCGGCAGCGUUUCGCGCGCUACCGUGGCCUGGAGAGCAUGUACACGAGCUACUGGGACCCCUAUGAGGACCUUCCCGAGGACUAUGCGCGCCUCUUUCAGUUCGACGACUUUAGCAAGACGCGCAAGCGUGUCGAGAGCGAUGCGAUGCUCGAAGGUGUGCCGCCCGGGAUCCGAGUCUGUAUCUGGAUCCGCGAUGUGCCUGCUGCAGCCGCCGAGCGUGCGCUGCGUGUUUCCGGCAGUGCGCAAGCCGACAAGAAGAACGACGACGUGCCCUUUGUGCUCUUUGGCCUCAUGCGUCACGAACACAAGAAGAGUGUCGUCAACUUUACCAUUACGCGCAACACCGAGUACGAGGCACCCGUCCGCAGCAAGGACCCCCUUCUUGUCUGCUUGGGUUUCCGGCGGUACUAUGCGAACCCCGUCUACUCGCAGCAUGUGCGCAGUGUCGGCCGCCGCGGCAACGACGUGUACAAAUUUGAGCGUUUCCUCCCCCACGGCAUCGGCGCCGCGGUCGGCAGUAUCUAUGCGCCCGUGACCUUUGGCGGUGCCAAUGUCCCCGUGGUUCUCUUGCGCAUGCGCUCCGAGAGCAAAGAGUUCGGCUACGACGACAUUGGCGUGAGUGCCGAGCAGUCCCCCCACCUUGUCGGUGCCGGCUCGGUGCUGGAUGUGGCGCCGACGCGCAUCAUCACGAAGCGCAUCAUCCUGUCUGGCCACCCCUACAAGCUACACAAGCGCACGGCGACGAUCCGCUUUAUGUUUUUCAACGCGAACGACGUGCGCUACUUUGCCCCGAUCACGCUGCGGACCAAGCUCGGGCGGACGGGCCACAUCAAAGAGUCGCUCGGUACGCACGGCUACUACAAAGCGCACUUUGACGGCCCCCUGUCCCAGAUGGACACGGUGCUGAUGAAUCUUUACAAACGCGUCUACCCGCGGUGGUCGACGCUCUUCCACGACUCGCGGCAGGGCCUGCCGCUCCGUGCUCCGUAG